GGCUUUAUCUAUGUAUCAGGCCAGAUUCCUUAUACCCCACAAAACCAGCCAUUGCCAGGUAACCCUUCUAUUCAAGAACAAGCUGAGCAAGUGAUCCAAAAUGUAUCCAACAUCUUGGAAGCCUCCAACUCCUCGUUGAAACAUGUCGUCAAGGCCAACAUCUUCUUGACCGACAUGAAGGCUCAAUUCGGUGAAUUCAACGCUGUCUAUGGUAAGUACUUCAACAACCACAAGCCAGCCAGAUCUUGUGUCGCUGUCAAGGAAUUGCCUUUGGGUGUUGCCUUGGAAAUGGAAGUUGUUGCCAUUGAAAAGGACGAGCCAAAGUUGUAG